AUCAAUGAGAGCGAGUGGAGCGUGAAUGGAGUCGAAGACCGCCGUGUCGCGUUGGGUCCGAUAAGUCUCGACUUCUGGUUUCUCGAACGCAUAUCGGGGGCCCAGUAUCGAUAGUAGACCCAGUCGCACCGGCGUCGAAGCAUAGAAAGUGGUGCUACGGAUGUCGAACAGGUGUCCCCCACCGUCGUUGCCCUAACCUCGGUGAUAACUCCACAGCGUCGGACGUUGCCAGACGUUACACAUAUGCAAUACGCGCGCGGGAUGUGCACCUGGAGGCGUUCUCGUUACUAGGUCAUAAGAGGUGCGUAUCAUCAAUGAGAUCCGUGCUGAUCAACCGUUGCUCGCGGAAAACGGUCGCGCGUUGUGUCACGGCUGAAGGAAGAGGAGGAGGAGGAGGGGUCCGGGCGCGUGUGUCUCGUCGUCGUGUCGUGUGUGACAGCGUUGACCGUCGCGAGCGAAGUGCACAUUCGUCGUGGUCGUCGUUGAAAGAAGUUCGACCGAUCGUCCGCUGCUCGCACCUGGCGUCUCUCUGAUCUAUCGCAUACCGUGUGCGCAUUCCGCGUCCCGCUUUCCUUUCGUCCUGCUGCACACGAAGAACAAUCGUGGCCCGCGAACGUUCCGUGACGUGUAUCAAAGGAUCGCGAAACGUGUCCCGGACGUAUCCAUAUUCCGUCACGACGGGAAUUCCGCCAUCUAUUUACCGUGCGUUUAAUAACAGACUUUUGUGCGGUGCAUCGGUGGAGUAGAGGAGGGUAGAAAACCGACGACCGAACGAUACCAUUAACCAUCAGACUUGUUUUGUGGUCCCAUAAAGGAGCGACGUCGAGUGAACCGGAAGCUGGACGUCGAUCGAAAGGGCACGCUAUCGGGCAACGUAAAACAGAUCUUGAGAGGCAGUCAUGUAAGUAAUUAACCGACCCGAGCACAGUGUUCCCGUUGAAGAGUCGGUAGCGAACGGUCGUUGAACGGUCCGGUCGGACAGGAAGCAGCUCUUGGGCGCCUCCAACCGCGAAGAAUCGGGUGAUGAGCUCAGGGCGGCAGACGACCGGCCCCGUCACACCAUGUUCCGUUCCAAGAUUCGUAUUCACACGUGCCAAGUGAUACUGCUCACGUCGCUGGUAUGGUUCCUGGUGGACGUGAUGGUGCUGAUGCUCUAUUCGGACUGCAUCGGAGGGUCCGGGUGGGGUUGCACCGAGAAGCAACAGCAGCAGCAGCAACAGGCUUUAACGGAGGAGGGCCUGCCGCAUUCGCAGAAGGAGGCGUUGAAGGACGACGGACAGAUCCAGUCGCCGAACCUUCAUCAGCAGCAGCAGCAUCAGCAGCAGACUAAAAAACGGUAUGGACAGUCGGAGCUGAAUCUGUGGAGGCCGGCCAAAGUGGUGCGAGAGAACAAGGGUAUGCCCGGCGAGAUGGGCGCGGCGGUGCACAUCUCGCCGGAAGACGAGGCCAAGCAGCAGGAGCUGUUCAAGCUGAACCAGUUCAAUCUGAUGGCCAGCGACAUGAUCUCGUUGAACCGUUCCCUGAAAGACAUUCGCCUAGAGGGAUGCAAGAGCAAGAAGUACGGCAAGUACCUGCCGGAUACGAGCAUCGUGAUCGUGUUCCACAACGAGGCGUGGAGCACGCUGUUGAGGACCGUUUGGUCAGUGAUCAAUCGCUCACCCCGGACGCUGCUCAAAGAAAUUAUAUUGGUGGACGAUAAGAGCGAGCAAGAUCACUUGAAACAAGAUCUGGAAAAUUAUGUAAAAACGCUACCAGUCCCUACAUACGUCUACCGUACGGAGAAGAGAUCCGGGUUGAUCAGAGCCAGAUUACUCGGCGCGAAACACGUGAAGGGACAAGUUAUUACGUUUCUCGACGCUCACUGCGAAUGUACCGAAGGCUGGCUAGAGCCACUGUUGGCCAGAAUCGUCGAGGACAGGACCACCGUCGUCUGCCCUAUUAUCGAUGUGAUCAGCGACGAUACCUUCGAAUAUAUUCCAGCCAGUGACAUGACGUGGGGAGGUUUCAAUUGGAAACUGAACUUCAGAUGGUACAGAGUAGCUCAGAGAGAAAUGGAUAGGAGAUUGGGAGACCGAACGGCACCCCUGAGGACGCCGACGAUGGCUGGCGGUUUAUUUUCUAUCGAUAAAGAAUAUUUUUACGAAUUGGGAGCAUACGACGAGGGCAUGGAUAUUUGGGGCGGUGAAAACCUCGAAAUGAGCUUCCGGAUAUGGAUGUGUGGUGGGACGUUGGAGAUCGCAACGUGCUCGCACGUUGGUCAUGUAUUCCGUAAGUCAACACCGUAUACAUUCCCCGGUGGUACCAGCAAGAUCGUGAACCACAACAAUGCGCGACUCGCUGAGGUCUGGUUGGACCAAUGGAAGUACUUCUAUUACAACAUUAAUCCAGGAGCUCGGAGCGUAACCGUCGGGGACGUUUCCGAAAGAAUCAAAUUGAGGGAACGUCUCAAAUGUAAAAGCUUUAGAUGGUACCUGGAGAACAUCUAUCCGGAAUCUCCGAUGCCGUUAGAUUAUUAUUAUUUGGGCGACGUGCAGAACGUUGAGACGCAGACUUGUUUGGAUACUAUGGGCAGAAGGACGAACGAGAACGUUGGAAUUAGUUACUGCCACGGAUUGGGUGGAAAUCAGGUGUUUGCUUACACUAAACGACAGCAAAUAAUGUCCGAUGAUAUGUGCCUUGAUGCAGCUAGUCCCCAAGGUCCUGUCAAAAUAGUAAGAUGUCACGGUAUGGGUGGAAAUCAAGCGUGGGUUUACAACGAAGAGACGAAGAUGAUCAAGCAUACGAACACAGGGCACUGCUUGUCGAAGCCUCGUUCGAACGACGCUAUGCAACCGGUGCUGGCGAAGUGCGACCCCCACAACAUCGGCCAGAAAUGGAUUAUGCGUAGCAAAUUCAAAUGGCAGGCCAGCUAAUACGAGGAGCAACAUCCACAUGUAAUACUUGUUGAUCUGUUUAACGGUACAAUGAACGGCUCAUAGUCGAGAGACUUCCGUCGCACGUAUAAAGACAAGUCGAUACCGUACGUGUAAGAGCUGUCACAUCUCAUCGAAAUAGUGAACGCUGGCUCGAUACACAGUGACUGUGAAGGAGAUAAAAAAUUGAAACUGAAAGAUUAAAAAGAAUUCAGCUUUUUAGUUUCAUAGGAUUUAUUUGCUGUUACUAGCAGUACGUAUAUAUCUAUUUACUGCCAUUUUUCAUGGUAUGCCUUCACCGAUGAUGCACAAGUGCGUUGAGAGGAACGAGGAGCCGGUUUGCGCGCGUGGAUAUACACAAGUGAUAUACAUAUACGAAAGGACGUGCAUGUGAAUGUCUUUUAUUUCUAAUAGACAGUAGAGAGGAAAGCAUAUCAAGACCACACACACUGUUAUAAAUAAAUAAUUGUUGAUACGAAAGAAGAGAGACAUAUUUGAUAAAUAUGGGAUGAGUGCAAUGCCGGAUGACUGAUGGAUAUAUCAGUGCGCUUAAAACAUACAGAUACAUUUGACCGACAUGGAUGAUGAUCGCUACCUAAAGUGAGAGAGUGAAUGCCUGUUCGGUAUGCAAGUGACAUUUAUUGUAACAGUACCGAUUACGAUCUAGGACUUGUAACGUAGAAUUUUUCUAGCGAUUAGGGAAGAGCACUGAAUCUUUUUAUACUGAUAUUUCUAACAGUUCCUUGUUGCAUCUUGUUCGUAUAUUAAUUUAGUCGUUACUCCCUUUGAUUUGUUCGUUCGAAGAGGGCGGACGAUGUACUUAUACCUGAAUUCGCCAUAGCAAUAUGAGAUUAACGAGGUAUCGUUUAAAACUAUGAAAAACACUAUCGACUGUUAUUCUACUGUACUGUUAUACUUUUUUAAUACUUUCUUAAAUUCAAGACAGAACGUCUUCCGUAUUUUCUUAAAAAGAAAGGAAAGGAAAAGUCUAGAUAUUUUUAUGAUACUCCCAAAUACCUUAUAUAGUUACAAUUAUUCCGUAGACUUUCAUUUCAUCUUCUACGUCAACUAGAAAUGUGAAAUAUGUCAAGUGCAAUAUGCUUGUCUCGCGUGAGACGAGAUGGAAAUAUGUGACAUCUUGUAACUAAUGUAAAAAUGUUGUUAUUAGAUUCUGGCGCCCUUCCCUUGCAUUACUAUGAAUUAAACAUUUUUCCUACCCCGCGACGAACACGAUCGACAAAACUAAAAAGUAUCGUUUCCGAAGAAAAUGUUCACCUUGAUCGACGUAAGAGUUAUGAAAGAAACGAACUAAUUCUGUAAUCUUAAAACAAGGAGAGACGUCGUGAAUCGUACAUUUAUAAUAUUUAAAAUAUAUACUAAAAAUUUCAA